AUGCGCUCACUUUACUUCCCAAAACACCUCUUACAGGAAUCUUGUGGUAAGUACAAACUUCGUCCUGAUUGUCCCAACGACGACGACAUGACGUCUUUGCACAUGAGAUCAGAAGAGCAAAAUCCUGAAGAUGGCAUCAAAGGACUAAAUCUAGCGCAAGAUGAAAGAAGCAGAGGGUUUCUAGAAGUCGUCUUUACUCCAACACAAUGGAUUAGAGAAGUUGCCAACAAAGGCAUUGUUCUAGAUGAUGCUGUUAAUGUAUUCCGAUACUACCUGCGCUUAGCGGCCCUUAUGGUAGCCGGCAAAAAAAGACCUGAGUUUGCCGGGAGGUGA